UCACUUUCAGCCACAGUCAAAUUUAAUUUGGAGAGUGGCCUCAGCGCUUAGGCUUUCCUCUCGACUUCUGCAGGGAUCAUUGCUGGUGGCAGCUGGGAAGAGAGGAAAGAGGAAAAGAAGAAUGAAGGUUUAACUUGGUGAGUGCUCGCAAUGCUUAGGGCUUCUUCUCUCGACGUCUGCAGGGAUCAUCUCUGGUCGCAGCUGGGAGACCCAUCUUCUUCCUGCAGCAACUUCUGGGACAACGACCGCUAUUGGCCUCCCGGAGCUCAACGUAUCUGUGUAACAACGCUGCAAUAUUCUGUUAAGACAGUAUUUGAUGCGGCCAUAAAAGUGGUGCUCCAGCCACUCAAGCAAAAGAAAAAAAGAAUAAGAAGGCUCAGAAGAGCUGCUCCAUUUUGUAAUAUGUAUGUCUGGAACAACAAGCUUGUAUUCCUUGCUGGAUUUGAAAUGAAUGGCUUGUUUAUCAAGCAGGUUGUCAGUUUCGGCAUUGUAUGCUAGUUGGUUUGAAAGCAUUUUGUCCCAAGUAAAUGGAAGGAGAGAGACCUAGGGCCCA